UUGACCGUUUUUCUUGGAGAUUUUGAGCUUAGGAAUACAUCCACAUUUUCCCAUAUACUGUAACUUAUCUCCGGAACUGAUUCUAAUAUCACCCCGCAAUAAGAACUCUGGGGCCUUCUCCUCAUGGCUGUUCAUCGUCAAAACUUCUUGAUUGAUAACGAAAUAUUUCGAAGUCGCUCUGACAGUAUGAUGGUUCCCUGUUGUCUAAAUUACCCCAUAUUCAUCGUCAAAUGCGGCAAAUGGACAAUAUGAUGAAUUCAAUGCUUGGCGAUGCAUUUAACAUGUUGAAUGGCUUCGGGAAUGGAAUGCCCCAUCAUCCAAUGUUGACUGACGACGACGAUUUCAAUUCCCCUCAUCGCAACUUUAAUAAUCAGAUGAUGAACCCUUUUGGCGGUUUUGGAUUUGGAGGGUCUAUGCUUGGUGGGAUGAUGUCUCAAAUGCAAAACAUCCACAACACGGCUCUGAACGACCCCAAUUCUUUUGUGAUGUCUCAAUCUACAAUGGUCUCUUUUGAUGGCAAUGGACCUCCAAAGUAUGUCCAGUCAUCCACUAGAAAGGCUGGAAAUGUGUCUGAAACUCGAAGAGCUCUACGUGAUGGAGAACGCGAAGAAGUCUCGAUUGGACACAAUAUUGGGGAUAAAUCCCAUAUUGUUGAAAAGAAGCGUGACAAAGAUGGAAAGUUCCGUUCUCAGCAAAAAUUUGUCAAUAUGGAGGAAGCCGAAGCCCGUGACUUUAAUGAACGUUUCAAAACCCAAGCUCGGGAAAAUUUGAAUGGAAUUGCUGGACUUUUUGGUGGCCAUAAUACUCAUCGUAAUCAAGCUAUUGAAAAUGGAAAGAGAGGACGAGAUUCUCGAAAAUAUCUUCACAAUACAGGAGAAACUUCUGCGCCAAUCAUAACUAUUCCGGAUGAUGAGGAAGAACAACAAAGGGGACGUUAUUCUCGUAAUGGACGUGGAGGACGUCAUCAAGAGGAUGUGAUUUACUCAAAUAAUGGAAUUGGGCCCACAAUUCAAGAGAUUGAUGAUAAUGAGGGAGAAUCGUCAAAUGCCAAUCCUAAACGUCGAAAAGGUGUCUUUGGAAAAUUUUUGGGUUAA